CUUUUUGAUUGAGGGAUUUAAGGAGGAGAGAGAAAAAGAGAGAGAGAGAGGCGCGAUGACGAUGUGUAUCGUCUCGGCGAGCACACUCUAGUAUCGGCGGCGUCUCCUCCGCACUGACGAGUGUCACCUGAUAUUGUUCCCGUGGAAAUCUUUUUUUUUUUUUUCUCAAAUUAUUAUCUAGGCUGAGCGACAUUUUCAGUCUCUCUCUCUCUCUCUCUCUGCUCGGCGGGAGCGUCACGCCUCUUCAUCAACAAUCGCAGACACUUGCUCCAUCAGCCGCCAAGACGAUUGAAUAAUUCACGGCACAAUCACACCUCGUCGGGAUGCUCCGCUGAUUUUUAUGUUUUUAAUUUAAUUUGGAAUUUUUCCCUCCACACACCUUCCCGGUGGAUUUAUCGAGCUUUUUUUUUUUUUUUUUUUUCUUUCUUUUUUUUUUGAAGAAGCUGCGCACGCAUCUCCAAUAUCAUCUGUUGCUCACCGGGAGGAAGAGGAGGAGAAACCCGGAAUCCGGCGAUGAAGACGCGGAUAAGGAGAGGAUAAAUAUGGACAAAAAAAAGGUGCUUUUACUUUUAUUGCUGCUGCUGUCUUUACACGCCGCGAUGCUCGCAGCCCAACUUGAAUAAUCUCCCCCCGCCGUGGAUGUAUUUCCCGCCCCAGCUGUGAUCUCACUUGCCGCUCAGAUGUUGAUGAUGGAGGACGACGAGCUGGACGCUCAUCAGGUUGAUCCGGAUUUCGAGCCGCAAAGCCGGCCUCGCUCCUGCACCUGGCCGGACUUCCCCUCCGCCGCCGCCGCCGCCGCGCAUGAGGCCAGCGGCGGCGGAGGUCUGCCGCUCGCCGGCAUCAAGGUGGAGCCGGAAGACGUGCCGGCGUGCCGCGCCGCGCUCCUCGGCGGAGGCGCGCUCAGCGGCGAGCACAAACACCCGGCCGGCGCCCCGGCACCCGCCCCGCACGCCUGCCUCGACGUCAGCGCGCCGCUGCGCAAAGCCAAGUCGUCGCGGCGGAACGCGUGGGGGAACCAGUCCUACGCCGACCUCAUCACCCGCGCCAUCGACAGCACUCCGGAGAAGCGGCUGACGCUGUCGCAGAUCUACGACUGGAUGGUCCGCUACGUGCCGUACUUCAAGGAUAAAGGCGACAGCAACAGCUCGGCGGGCUGGAAGAAUUCCAUCCGACACAACCUCUCCCUCCACACGCGCUUCAUCCGUGUUCAAAAUGAGGGCACUGGAAAGAGCUCCUGGUGGAUGCUGAACCCUGAUGGAGGGAAGAUGGGCAAGGCCCCGCGGCGGCGAGCCGUUUCCAUGGACAACAACACCAAGUAUCUUAAGAGCAAAGGUCGCAUUCGGGGGAAAAGGGUCGGACGCCCUGGAAUUGGAGCGGUAUCUGCUGUCGUCGGGCUUCAGGGCUCCCCUGAUCACGGCAGCCCACCGCAUAAAGGUCUCCCCGGAUCUGGAGGGGUAUCCAGGACAGAUGGGGAGUUCGACGCCUGGACAGAUCUCCACUCCAGGGCAAGCUCGUCGGCCUCCACUCUGAGCGGCCGCUUGUCGCCCAUCCUUGCUGAGGGGGAACCGGAGGAACCAGAGGAGGGAGACCUGUCCUGUUCCACCUCCCCACACCUCUACCCCUCCCCGACCGCCUGCUCUCCGUCCAUGGGGACAGGCAAUCGCUGUCCUCCCCUUGAGCAAUUGCCUCAGCUGGCCAACCUGACAGGUGCCAUCUGUCUUGAUGAGCAGCUGAUGGAGGACGGCUAUCAUCACCAUCAUUCACAGCAGCAGCAACACCAACAGCAUCCCUCUGUUGGCAGACAUAAGCACCAGACCUCAGUCUACCACUACAGCUCUGGAGUGAAGGGCCAAGGUUCUUAUGGAUCAGGGGGGUAUGGUGCAACGGGCAUAGGCAUGAUGCGCCACCACUCACCCAUGCAAACCAUCCAGGAGAACAAGCCAGCCAGGUUUUCGGGAACAAUGCGGACAUACUCCAACAGCAACGCUCUGCAGAGUCUGCUAACGGGGGUUUCAGCCGGGCAGCCAUACUGCUCGAAGGACAUGAUGCUGGUCCCCAAAAGAGAAGGCCAUCACAUGAUGGCUUGUAACGGCUCCAACCCUCACAGCCACCUUGCCGGUCACCACAAUGGACAUCACAGUCACAACAGAACUCACAGCCAUACUCCGUCACACAAUCACAACUCAUCUCACAGCCUCAGUCACAACAGCAUCAGUCACAACCACACCCCGCCCCGAGUGCUGCACCUCAAUCCAUGCGGCAACCAGCUGCAGACUUACAAUCACAAAUCGCCCUACCUUUACAGUCCACCGUCGCACGCCCACCUCCCGGCGUCAACCACCCUGCCCCCUAACCCAGCGGGGAUGCUUGGCAUGCCCCAGGACUCUUGCCAUUUGGCCACCGCCCCUCAUCCACACCCUCGUCACAACCAUUACCCUGAGCCGCAACACCAAGCCAUGGCUAACGGACCCUUCCACCUUGGCCAGGGCAUGGGGGGAAGUAAUGGCAAUGGGAGUUACCACCACAACUACCACCAACCCCACCCGCACGAGAGACUACCCGCUGACCUGGACAUUGACAUGUUCCAGGGCAGCCUGGACUGCGACGUAGAGUCUAUCCUCCUCCACGACAUUAUGGACUCUGGGGAGGAGAUGGACUUCAACUUUGACUGCUCCCUCGCUCAGGGGGUGGGACUCGGAAUGGGAAUGGGAAUGGGUGUGACCAUGGGCAUGGGGAUGGGAAUGAGCGGACUUGCCGGUCCACAGCAAACCCACAGCAACCAGAGCUGGGUCCCUGGCUGAAAUGCGGUAGGACCCACCGGGGGCCCUCACAAAAUGAACAGUUACCCAUAAAGCACUGUGUUCAACUGUGACAUUCCUUACUUGACACAGACCAUAGGACCAUGUCUUUCUUUGUUGUCUGUCACCACUUCCUCCUUUUUUUGCAACUCCUCUCCCUCUCCCUGUGAGAUCUAGCUCAUGUUCCUCAUAUCAGCUAUACUGUGAUGACAAUCUCUCAGCAUCAUUGCUUCUCAUCUGCCAUGAGAGCUGAACUCUCAGUGCACUUUAUUGCAAGUGGGUCUUUAUCUGGCAGAACCUUUGGCGGGGCGGGGGUAUGGGCUGCAACUCUUUGGGCACGAACAAAUGCAGUCGGAAACCGGUGUCAGACGUCAAUCUUAAAUAAGCCCCUUAAUCAGUCCUUCAGACAAAGUGGGGACCGGGUGAAAAAAAAGUACAAGAAAUCAUUGAAAACCCAAAUUAAUUUCUGAUUCAGGACCGCUUUCCCUUCUUAAUGAAAUCCACUCUCAUGAGAUCCAAUCAAUCCCGGCCUGUGUCUUCGCACCGCCGUUAUUUACAGCCUCAUACAUCCAGACCUUGACUCCUCUGUUGGACGCCACGUUUGGUUAAUGUCCUUCUCGCCGGCGGCCCGGGCGUGUUGUCACGACAUCACUAAGUGGAUUCCAUCAUUACUCGCUAGCGUGCAAUUUGCUGAAUUAAAAACUUGUAUCACCUUGUCUCACCUGGGCCUCUCUCCCAGGCUCUGUCUGGAUGUGGCGUUCUCCUUCCGCCUGCCAGCGCAGACAAAGUGGCCAUUACUCACGGCGAGCCAUUAAUGGGGCUUGAUUGAAAUUCAGCAUCUUGCUUUUAAUCUCCAAAGUGAUGCGGCAGCAAUGCGUCAUUAUUGAGAAGCUAACACGUCGUCCUCCCGUAUCUCACCAUGACUUGCCAUCCCACUUCCCCAAAUGUCCAAUUUUGGGCAAGACAUCGAUGAGAAGCCCGCAAAGCCAUCCGUCACCGCCCCUUUUGUGUGUGUGUGUUGAUUCUGUUGUCGUGUUGUCAUUGUGUUCUUGGUAAGUCUACGGACCAACAGCGCUGGCGAAAUUCCGUUGGUGAAAUGUAGUGCAGUCUGACCUUCCUCCCGCCCUCCCGGUCGGAACUCGUCCGCCCGCCCACGUUUGUGCUUUGCUCCAUUGUCUCUGUGUUCGUGAGCCAGGGGUGGAGGCGGUGCCGGAGCGCGUGGUGGUGUUGGGGUUAGUCUGAAGCUUCUUUAUCAUCGGCCUUGAAGGAGUCACGGAGAGGACAUCCCCCCCCCCCCCCCCCCCCCAGCCCCCCAGUCUCUUCUCGGGCACCUCCAAGGAGAACCUCUCUCCAUUUAACCUUGUACACAAAAGGUGGGCGGGGCUUAAAGGGUGUUUAUUGUUCCAGCCAAAGGUCAAACAUGGCAGAGACUAUCAGACCCAUUAUUGAGGUGAAUACUCUUCUUCUAUCACCGAGCCUUUAGCCCGCGUCGCGGGAAAAUGUGCGGGCUUUGCCCGAAGCGAGUCGUCCUACACCCGUCUCGUUUUGCUCUAUUUAUUUAUGAACGAUGGGUCUUUGUCCAAUCCUACGUGUGCUAGUUGUUUCCAGUCAACUCCCGUACCUCCCACCUGCUCUCUCCCCGCGCCCCUUUUUUAAGAUGUCGACCUCCGCCCGCCCCUGUUUUGACUUUACAUUUAUUUUGUACAAAAUCUAUAUAUUAAGAAUAUUGUAAAAUAGUUUUUAAGGAAAAAAAAAAAGUCUCAAAAGGAUUAUCAGUUUUGUUGUCUAUUUCUUUUUUUCAAAAGAAUGUAUCUCAUCAUCUGGUGACUGUUAAAUAAAUGCAUUUAAA